GUUGAGCAUGUUGUUUACUUCUUUUGGUUUUGAAUGCAUUCUGAUCCCACUUUCUGGUUUUUAUUAUACUCUUUACAGUGAUUACUAAUCAGUAGUAGAGAAGUGUAAGAAGAUGGCAGAGGAUACUGACUUGAAUGGAGAUCCUAAAAGCAAGCAAGAGGCAAAGAAGAACGAGGCCAAAGAUGAACCCGCCAAAACAGUACCCUUAUACAAACUUUUCUCAUUUGCUGAUCCUUUGGAUCAUUUAUUGAUGUUUCUGGGAACUGUUGGUGCUUUUGGGAAUGGAGUUUCCUUGCCCUUGAUGACUCUGAUAUUCGGAAAUAUGAUCAAUGCAUUUGGAGGUAACAGUAACACCAAAGAAGUCGUUGAUGAAGUUUCCAAGGUGUCUCUGAAAUUUGUAUACUUGGCUAUCGGCACCUUUUUUGCGUCACUUUUGCAGUUGACUUGUUGGAUGAUCACUGGUGAGAGACAAGCCGCAAGAAUUAGAGGCUUAUACCUUCAAACUAUUUUGAGGCAAGAUGUCACCUUCUUUGACAAGGAAACAAGAACGGGAGAGGUUGUUGGAAGGAUGUCAGGUGAUACUGUUCUUAUUCAAGAUGCCAUGGGUGAAAAGGUGGGACAGUUCUUGCAGUUCAUGGCAACUUUCGUUGGAGGUUUUGUAAUAGCAUUCAUCAGGGGAUGGCUUCUAGCCGUCGUCAUGCUAUCUAGUAUUCCACCUCUAGCUUUCUGUGGUGCUAUGGUAGGCCUGGUUAUUUCAAAAGCAUCAUCCAGGGGACAACAAGCUUAUUCUAAAGCAGCAAGUGUAGUGGAGCAGACAAUCGGUUCUAUCAGAACUGUUGCUUCAUUCACUGGGGAGAAGCAAGCUAUAGUUAAUUAUAAUCAGUCCUUAGUCAAAGCUUACAAGGCUGGACUGCAAGAGGCACUAGCUUCUGGUUUUGGGUUUGGUGCUCUCUACUUUGUUUUUACCUGCAGUUACGGUUUGGCUAUAUGGUUUGGUGCAAAAAUGAUAAUAGAGAAAGGAUAUACAGGAGGACAGGUUGUGACAGUAAUGAUGGCUGUUUUGACUGGCUCCAUGUCUCUGGGACAGGCAUCUCCAAGCUUGAGCGCUUUUGCUGCUGGAAAAGCUGCUGCCUUUAAGAUGUUUGAAACAAUUAAGAGGAAUCCAGAAAUUGAUGCUUAUGACACUACGGGUCAGCAGCUUGAUGACGUUCGUGGAGAUAUAGAGCUUAGGGAGGUUUGCUUUAGUUAUCCUACAAGACCAGAUGAACUGAUAUUCAAUGGAUUUUCUCUUUCAAUACCACGUGGCACUACAACAGCUUUGGUAGGGGAAAGUGGGAGUGGGAAAUCCACAGUUGUUAGUUUGAUAGAGAGAUUUUAUGAUCCACAGUCAGGUGAAGUUCUCAUUGACAGUAUCAACCUUAAAGAAUUUCAACUGAAGUGGAUCAGACAGAAAAUAGGCCUAGUUAGCCAGGAACCUGUUCUCUUUACUUGCAGUAUUAAAGAGAAUAUUGCCUAUGGCAAGGAUGGUGCAACUGAUGAGGAAAUCAGAGCUGCAGCAGAAGUAGCCAAUGCUGCCAAAUUUAUAGAUAAACUUCCUCAGGGGCUAGACACAAUGGUUGGUGAGCAUGGAACUCAACUAUCUGGGGGUCAAAAGCAAAGAGUUGCAAUAGCAAGAUCAAUUUUGAAAGACCCAAGAAUCCUACUUUUGGAUGAAGCUACCAGUGCCCUUGAUGCUGAAUCUGAGAAAAUUGUGCAGGAGGCAUUGGACAGAAUAAUGAUAAACCGAACAACUGUCAUUGUUGCCCACCGCUUAAGUACUAUAAGGAAUGCGGAUACCAUUGCUGUUAUUCAUCAUGGAAAAAUAGUUGAAAGAGGUUCCCAUGCUGAGCUCACCAAAGAUCCUAACGGAGCCUAUAGCCAGCUCAUUAGAUUGCAAGAAAUUAAAGGAUCAGAAAAAAAAGCUGAAAAUGACAGAGACAAGCUAGAAAGUAUAGUGCAUUCUGGAAGACAAUCAAGUCAAAGAUCUUUCUUAAGAUCUAUAAGCCAACGGUCAUCAGGAGUUGGAAGCAGUCGUCAUAGCUCAUUCUCAGCAGCACAUGGUGUGCCAGUAUCAGUUGGCUUCUUGGAGCCUGCAAGAGGAGAACCUCAAGCACCUCCUUCAACUUCACCACAGGAAGUGCCAUUAUAUCGCCUGGCUUAUUUAAACAAGCCAGAGAUUCUAGUCUUACUGGCAGGGACUCUAGCUUCAGCAGUAAAUGGAGUUAUACUACCCAUUAUUGCAAUCUUUAUCUCCAAAAUGAUAAGUAUUUUCUAUGAGCCACAUGAUGAACUUCGUAAAGAUUCAAAACUCUGGGCAUUGCUAUUUGUUGCACUUGGUCUGGUAUCAUUUACCAUGAUGCCAUGUAGAUUCUACCUUUUUGGUGUUGCUGGAGGUAAGCUGAUCAAAAGGAUUCGGAAAAUGUGUUUUGAGAAAGUUGUUCACAUGGAAGUAAGCUGGUUUGAUGAAGCUGAACAUUCAAGUGGAGCAAUUGGAGCAAGGCUCUCUUCUGAUGCAGCUGCUGUUCGAGCUUUGGUUGGAGAUGCACUUGGUUUGCUGGUUCAAAAUCUUGCUACAGCUGUCGGCAGUUUGGUAAUUGCUUUUCAAGCAAGUUGGCACCUUGCUUUUAUAGUGCUUGCUUUGGCACCGCUAUUAGCACUAAAUGGAUACGCGCAAUUUAAGUUCUUGAAAGGAUUCAGCGCAGACGCAAAGAAACUGUAUGAGGAAGCAAGUCAAGUGGCAAAUGAUGCUGUAGGCAGUAUAAGAACAGUUGCUUCUUUUUGUGCUGAAAAGAGGGUGAUGGAAUUAUACCAGGAAAAAUGUGAAGGACCGAUUAAGGCGGGCAUAAGGCGAGGGGUAAUAAGUGGAAUCAGUUACGGGGCAUCAUUCUUCAUGCUUUACGCAGUUUAUGCAUGCAGUUUCUAUGCUGGAGCUCGACUAGUAGAGGAUGGAAAAUCAACAUUCUCAGAUGUUUUCCGUGUAUUUUUUGCAUUCAGCAUGGCAGCUAUGGGAAUCUCUCAAUCUGGCUCUUUGGUACCCGAUUCAACUAACUCAAAAAGUGCUGCCGCUUCUGUAUUUGCUAUUCUUGAUCGAAAGUCACAAAUUGACGCAAGUGAUGACUCUGGAUUGACGUUGGAAGAAGUGAAAGGAGAAAUUGAGUUUAAAAAUGUUAGUUUCAAGUAUCCUACGAGACCUGAUGUUCAAAUAUUCAGAGAUCUUUGCUUGACUAUUACUAGCGGCAAGACAGUUGCACUGGUUGGGGAAAGUGGAAGUGGAAAAUCAACAGUGAUCUCAUUGUUGCUGAGGUUUUACGAUCCAGACUCAGGUCACAUUACACUGGAUGGAAAAGAAAUAAAAAGCAUGCAAAUUAAAUGGCUAAGACAGCAGAUGGGUCUGGUGAGCCAAGAGCCUGUGCUGUUUAAUGAUACCAUCCGAGCCAAUAUUGCAUAUGGCAAAGGAGGGGAUGCAACAGAGGCAGAAGUUAUAGCUGCAGCAGAACUGGCAAAUGCUCACAACUUCACCAGUAGUUUGCAGGAGGGUUAUGACACAAUAGUAGGGGAAAGAGGAAUUCAGCUAUCUGGAGGGCAGAAACAACGGGUGGCAAUAGCACGAGCAAUAGUGAAGAAUCCAAAAAUAUUACUACUGGAUGAGGCGACUAGUGCACUUGAUGCAGAGUCUGAAAAAGUGGUUCAGGAUGCACUAGAGCGUGUUAUGGUGAACCGAACCACGGUAGUAGUGGCUCAUAGGCUAUCUACUAUAAAGGGUGCAGAUUUAAUUGCAGUAGUAAAAAAUGGUGUGAUAGCAGAGAAGGGAAAACACGAAGCACUACUGAGGAAGGAAGGUGAUUAUGCUUCCUUGGUUGCAUUGCAUACAAGUGCUUCUACAUCUUAGUGCCCUAACCCUAUACAGUUCUAGGCUGAUUAUAUCUCAGCAAAGUUUACUUGCUCGGCAUUUUUGUGCUUCUCCAUGAUGUAUCAAGUUUACAUGUCACUCUUGUGGCUUUAUUUAGGUGUAGUAUGCUGUCUGUUUUUGAAUUUUUCCUGGACUUUUAUUGGUUUUCGUAACACAUCUGUAUUAUAUUUAUGUCACUUUUUUUCAUUAUAAACA